AUAGCUUCAUUUAAGAACUACAGGCGCCGUCGCAUUGGAUAUCGAACUGUAGUUUAUCAACCAGCCACGAACCAGACUGCCACGAUGCCACGAUUUGUUGCAGUCUUGCUGCUGGCGGCGCUGGUCAGCGUCCAGGCAGACGUGUUCUUCCAUAACCCCAGAGGUUCCAACAACAGGUUAAACGAAAACACUGCCAAUCGUAAAAGCAACAACAGAAUGUUCGACUCGCAGAAUAAUAACAAAGGCGGCUACAAUGCGGGAGAUGCCAAGUCUACGCCCGCCGCCAAAGAGGAAGGCCAAUACCGAAUGAAAUACUUUGCAAGUGGUUCAAGCGGCAAGAGUCACAUGACUGUCGAAUGGACCAAUCAGCACGGCUGCGGGGGAAACGCUAAUGUCAACUGUAACGUUGUACUACAGUAUAUGUGCCAGCCAGACUCAGUCACUGCUACAGGUAAUGCUGACACUUUUCGCAAUGGAUUCGCAACCGUCAGACAGGCGUAUGGAAAGCUCACCGAUUCCAACGAGAAGAAGUCUCGAGCAGAUAAACGUAAAUUCAACUCAGUCAAGCAGGAUCGUGGAGUGCAUGAGAAAUGGGAUUGGUAUGACAAGUGCUUUGCCAGGGAACGUAACGCUGGUUUGUUCACCGCUGAUCAAAAACUUAAAGCCGACAAUGGACUUGGAUACAGCUCCUCAAUCUACACCCGCCAGAAUAACAAUGGCGGUAGAAAUGGCUAUGAGUGUCCAGAGGAGAGGGACUAUUACCCUUAUUGGCACCCCUCCCCCUGGACAGAUAUUGCCGUAUUAGUCGAUGAUAAAAACUUGUGUGGAUAUUAUCAGUCGGAGAGCUAUAAUGUGCAGCAGAAAUACGAAUGUGUGGAGCAGUACCCAGACGGCUCCGGUAGGAAACACUGGUCACGAUGGAACAAUCAGCAAGACUGUACCAAUAAUGGCGGUCAAUGGCUGGCUUUUACUAACUACCUAGAGAAAGCUACACAAUUCAACAGCCAGGCCGAUUGUGAAGCAAGUAGUUCCAAUGGGAUUCAGUAUGUAUGGGGUCGACCAGAAGGAGAAGAGGAUGAACAGUGUCUGGUGGCCCUAGAUGCUCCUGAGUGUCUGUCAUCUCCAACGACCCGUGUUAAUCACCUUGGCAACACACCUGAUGGUGAAGCCAGUCGCUACGAGUGGACAUUGCCGCAUUUCCCCUCCGGUGAAACGCAGCGAUGUGUAAUGCGAAUCAGAUAUAACAUCACUACUGGAGACUACAAUCCACAGACGACUGAUUCUAAUUCUAAUGGUGAUGCAUCUCCUGUCAAAAAUGCCCCCGAUGUUGACAUCGUGGCCGGUGUCCAACUCUCUCUUGCUGUCAACACAGCUCAGUAUGGUCGCACAUUCCAAGAUCGCUCCCAUGCUAUGCUGAUGAUGCCACGACCUGCUGGAUUGGAAUCGUCCACAAUCUAUAACCUGAACGUCCGAGGGAAACGCGGCAACCUGCAGCAGACAAUCCCAGCAGUAGAAUAUGACUUCAUCCCCAAUAAUCUAGAGAUUACUGAUGGUGAUCUAGUACACGUACAGUGGACAGGAUCUAAUACUCACAAUAACAACAACGAGGGUAAUGCUGGAGAAGGAAAAGCCGGCAGCGAUCGCAGCAAUGUUGUUCAGCUGGAAGAUAGACUCAAGAACUAUCCACUGUCCUUUGAGGAGACUACGAUGUGGACCAACUCACAUGUGAAGUGGAUCUACUUCCAAGACACUCCUAGCAUCACUGCAAAGGACUUGGUGAUCAACCUAGCUACGUCAGGAUACUACCAAUGCGAGAAAACUGCAACCUGUGGCGAUGAAUCAGUUGAAACAAAGGUGGCAGCGAACAAAGCUCUGAAUAAAGAUCUGAAUAACGCACCAGCCUCAUAUGGGGGCGCCCUGAUUCAGUUCCCUAGUGGGGAGUACUUCUAUAUUUGUACUCGCAACAACAACUUUACCAACCGGAGCCAGAAAGGUCGCCUGCUCGUCAAGCAACAGCAGUGAGUCUAUAAUCCAAGGAUGGGACUCUUCAAUUUUGGGCUCAUUAUUGGAUGAUAAAUCUGAAUUUUCGGAGCUGUUAUGAGUCGUAGCUCACGGCUUUCAGCACGUCUAAUUAAGAUAUACUAAUUAUAAGACAUCACUCAACAGGAUCUGAACUACAAGUAUUUUAUGGAAUUGAAAUCAUAUAUUAUGGGUGUCUUCAUUAUUGAGAAUGUAUUAUAAUAUUUGCCAUUGGUUUGCAACACCGACAUCAAACACAGCAGGAGUGCCCCAUAAUAGUUGGCAGAGUACUCAAGACAAAUACCCACAAAGAUAUGUGUUACAUACAUUCUUUGGACAUUCAUUUUACUGGCGCACUUACUCAAGCCUAUAAGACAUCCAGCUUGGUGUUGCAUACACUCUGUGGAUAUCAUUUUACUUGCGCACUAACUCGAGCCAAGGAGACAUCUAGCUCUGUGUUACGUACACUCUGUGAACAUGAGUUUUACUGGACCACUAACUCGAGCCAAAUAGACAUCUAGCUCUGUGUUACAUACACUCUUUGGACAUUCAUUUUACUGGCGCGCUACUCAAGCCUAAGAGACAUCCAGCUCUGCGUUACAUACACUCUUUGGACAUUCAUUUUACUGGAGCACUAACUCGAGCCAAGAUACAUCUAGCUCUGUGCUACAUACACUCUGUGGACAUUCAUUUUACUGGCGCGCUAACUCAAGACUAAGAGACAUCCAGCUCUGUGUUACAUACACUCUUUGGACAUUCAUUUUACUGGAGCACUCUUUCGAGACAAGAGACAUCUAGCUCUGUGUUACAUACACUCUGUGGAUAUUCAUCUUACUGGCGCGCUAACUCAAGCCUAAGAGACAUCCAGCUCUGUGUUACACACACUCUGUGGACAUUCAUUUUACUGGAGCGCUAACUCGAGCCAAAGAGACAUCUAGCUCUGUGUUCCAUUAUUAUUAUAACGUGCACUCUGUGGAAAUUCAUUAUACUGUCACAUUAACUCAAGCCUAAAAGACAUCCAGCUCUGUGUUACAUACAAUCUGUGGGCAUUGUUAAUGUGCACUUAAACACUGUUCACAACAUUGUGUUUGAACGUGUAUGUCCACAAAGUGUUUCAAGUCCCUACAUGGGUCCUCCUUUGUUCUUAUAUUAGGUCAGUUGCUAAUGAAAAGUAAACACACAUCAAACCCUGCAGUGAAGAUUCAUUAUAAGCAACAUCAACUAUUAAUUUUAUUUCCAUGAGACUAUGCAUUUUGCAAUUUACCAUUUGGCAUGUGAGUGACUGUGGAUAAUAAAGUAAAAAUCAAGUGAUUUUUAAUGCUCAAA